UUAUCCUUCAGUUUACAGGACCUGCUGACAACAGAAGGCUACAAUGCCAAGAAACCGGAAGAAACCAUCACAUAGCAACCGAGAACCGAAGGGAGGAAAAAGCCAAGGUAUGAACCCCCUUAACAGUGCCAAGGAUGUGAUGCAAAUUUGUGACCUUUGUGAAACCAACGUGGUACAAAUGCACUGUGACGCAUGUCUUGUCAACCUGUGUAGGGCCUGUGUAGAAGAACACAUGACCUCUGAUGCAACCAAGACUCACAAACUCUCUGAAAGGGUCUCUGUUGUUAAUAAAGUAUCAGAGGCUAAGCAAACUUUGGACCCUCAAACCAGUGCCCAGGACGUGUUACGAUGUGAUAACUGCGAAACUAAUGAGAUACAGCUACAGUGUAAAACAUGCCUUGUCUACCUAUGCACAGCACAUGUAGGAGAACACAUUAUUUUUGAUAAAGCCAAGGACCAUAACAUCGUCAUGCGUCAGUCAAGACAGUUCAACCCCUUCACAAAGCAAGGGAUGGAUUUUCCUGUGAUACUGACCUUUGAACCUAAAGAGGUUGCUGAUGUUGUGGCUGUCCUUAAAACGAUAGAGGAUAUCUAUCCAGAGGAAUCCGAUGCUUCCUUAACUCAUCAGUUACUGCAAUCAUUACACCUUGACGAAUUUAGAAACAGGUUAAAAUCCCUGGAGAGUAGAGUUAUUUUAGUGGAUCCCAGCAAUCUCUGCGAAGAUAGUCACGCUGGAGAUGGUCGAGUGUGUAUUUACAAAGUAGAAGUGAAACCUUCAUACGGACAACUCACAGUGUAUGAGCCCACAGUUUCCUUGGAUCAAUUUAGAAGCAUACAUCAUUUACCAAAAUCAUUUCUUGUGACCAGGGAUUCUGAACCUGUGAUAGACACCAAAUUUGCUGUUGACGAAAAAUACCACAACAUGCUUGAAGAAAACAAAGUUAGAAUCUUCCACGAAUCAGAUUCAAACAAGAAACUUCUUCUUCUCUGUACAAAGUAUACGAUAGAUUCCUUCAAAGAUCGUGUUGAAAAACUUAUUAACAGUAUACCAAUGGACGAGCUUCACCAAAUCGUAAACAGAGCUGCAGAUAUUGCGUUUUCAGAAAAAGAAAUACAAAAAAGAAUUCAAGAGAUAUACAUUGUAAGUGAGGGACACUUUAUUGGAUCAGUUUAUUCAGAGAGUUAUUUCUGUCGCUCGCCAUUCAAAAUUGUACGGAUUAGAGAAGAAUUAAUAGCUGAAACACUUAAAAGUGUUGGAAAGCAGUUUACAGAUAUGCUUUUGAUUGGAUUUUUGGGGAACAUUGAAAAAAUGCUUGAAGCAGAGUUUUCGCACAUGGUUUGUACAAUUAACAUUAGAGAUCAUUCCCUAAUGAACCCAAAAGGUAUUUUAAUAUUUGCAGCUGGUCUUGUAAGUUUUGUUGCGCGAGUUUUGCAUCCAGUGCUUGGAAUUAUAGUUUCCGUUUUUACGAUUUUGCCAGCGGUGGUGACUUUUUUUCAGCCUGUGAAUGUCAACGUACUCGGUGGAAUGGCGGAACAAAGUAGCGAAUAAAAUAUAUAUGAAUAUAUCAGCAAAAAAAUAUGAGAUAACUGCUGAUGUAUUCAGAAAAUUAAAAUCAAUUUGUGAUCAAACUGCGAAAGAACUGAGGGAAAUUGGUGUAAAACUGGCAACAGCUAGU